AGCCAGGACACAGCUGACCCUAACAGAGCAUUGAACUUGAAAAACAGGGCCAGGAAUAAGGAUGGAAAAGCAGAUGUGAAGUCUCUCAUGGCGAAGUUUAACACUGGGGGCAACCUGACAGAGGAGGUCUUGGUUGGCAGUCGACCCUUCAAAGCAGGAGGACAUCCUACCCCUUCAGGAAUACAAGCAAGGAAAAGUGUAUUCACGCAUCAAGGAAAUGACAGCCCACCUCCAGGGCCCAACAAUUUAUCAAAGUUUGGGACUCCAAGGCCUCCUUUGGGAGUAAAGCCUUCAUUUGAAGAGAAAACUGACAAGGAUCCCAAACCCCCAUAUCUGAAACCUACUGGAGCAGGUCAGAGAUUUGGGACUCCAGCAAGUUCAGCUAACAGGGACCUGGAGGGAAAAUCAGGAUUUCCGAAACCUGUAGGUCUCAAACCUUUUGACCAGACAAAGGAAGAGUGCAAGCCUGUGUUCCUAAGGCCCUCUGGGAGCAAACCAUUGCUUCAUGCUGUCAACCAAGAGAAUGACCCAAAAGUUCCUGGCCAAAAGCCUGUUUUCAAUGCCCCAGCUCAAGAAAAUGAAGCUAAACCAGUGUUUCCAAAGUUGGCUGGAGCUAAAGGAAAAUUCAUCACCCCUUCUCAAGACCAUGAUCCCAAGCCCCCUUACUCCAAACCAGCAGUUGGACAGAAACCAACUCCCAAUGCAGAUACCUCCCAUGAUGACCAGAGCCCCAACAAGAGCACAUUUCCGCAGAAGGGGCCUGCGUCUGUCCCUCUCUCCAAGCCCAAAAUCAGCCCUCUUAAACCAAUGAGGGAAGAUACAGAAAAUAAAGACCAUGGGACAGACCCCCCAAAUAUGCCUUUCCCUGGUGUGACUCUGAAACCUGUUACCAGCAGAAGUACACCAGGCUCAACCCUAAGCCUUCCCAAAAAAGCUGAAGAGAAAAAGGAAGAAAGGAAGAUAGAUGCAGCUAAGAACGUAUUUAUGAAUAAAAUGAAUCAGGAUGACCCUGGCUCAGGUGCAACUCCACCCAAGUUCCCAAAGCCACCUUCCAAGCUGAUGGUGGGAGGGCCUUGGAACCAAAGUCAAGAGAAGGAAAAGGGAGAUAAGAAUUCUACCACCCCUAAGCAGAAGCCCUUGCCUGCGCUGUUUACCCUGGGUCCAGCCCCACAGAAACCCAGCAGACCACCUACUGUUGACCUGGCAAGAUUCCGAAAGGCCAGUCCUGCAAACAUUUCCAACAAAGGAACAAUGCCUUAUUCUGUGACCACACCACCUCCACCUCCUCCACCAGCACAUCCUGCCUCUCAACCAACUCCUCCAGCCCCUUACCCAAUGCAACCACCAGUUCCAAGUCUACCUCCCAGAAAUAUCAAAAUGCCCCCUGAGGCAAAAAGUUCAACAAGUGAAGAAAAUUAUGAUGAUGUUGAUAUGCAAUCCAAUGAUUAUGGAAAUCCAGAUGAGGAUCAAGACAGCAAUGGAGAAACAUACGAAGACAUAGAAACAACAAAAGAACGAGAGAAGAAGAGGGAUAAAGAAGAGAAGAAAAGAUUGGAGCAGGAGAAGAAAGAACAGAAGGAGAAGGAAAAAAAGGAGCAAGAGAUCAAGAAAAAGUUCAAACUCACAGGUCCUAUUCAAGUACUUCAUCAAGCUAAGGCUUGCUGUGAUGUCAAAGGAGGGAAGAAUGAGCUGAGCGUCAAACAAGGAGAAGAAAUCGAAAUAAUCCGCAUCACAGACAACCCUGAAGGAAAAUGGUUAGGCAGAACCUCCAGAGGCACAUAUGGCUAUAUUAAAACAACAGCAGUGGAGAUUGAUUAUGAUUCUUUGAAAAGAAAGAAAAAUUCAAUGAGCACUCUUCCAUCAAGACCUGUGGAAGAUGAUCAAGAAUUGUACGAUGACGUUGCUGAACAUGGCAGCAUUAGCAGUCAUAGUCAAAGUGGAAGUGGAGGAAUGUUCCCAAUUCAAGAUGAUGAAAUUUAUGAUGGUGUUGAAGAAGAAGAAGAUAAUGGCUCCACGCUACAGGGCGAAGAGAAGAGUAAUUCAUGGACCUGGGGGAUUUUGAAGAUGUUAAAGGGAAAAGAUGACAAAAAGAAAAGUGUACGAAAGACAUCUAAAGACACUAAGUCAGACAGUAACGAAGACAUAGCUUUCCCUUCUCCCCCAAAGCAGCUUGGAUUGGAUGUAGGAGAUGAAGUCUAUGAUGAUGUGGAUGCAUCUGACUUCCCUGCUCCACCUGUAGAUGUCAGCCUAGGAGUGAACUUUGGCAAAAGCAAGCCAGAAGACCCAAAGAAGCUGAAAAAGCAAGAAAAAGAAGAAAAGGAAUUCAAGAAAAAAUUCAAAUUUGAUGGUGAAAUUAGAGUCCUUUAUACAACUCAAGUGGUGCCUACCUUAAGUACUAAAAAAUGGGGAGCCAAAGAUUUACAGUUAAAGCCUGGAGAAUCUCUUGAAGUCAUACAAAGCACAGAUGAUACAAAAGUACUGUGCAGGAAUGAAGAAGGAAAAUAUGGUUAUGUCCUUCGGAGCUGUUUGGUGGACAAUGAAGGAGAGAUCUAUGAUGAUAUUGCUGAUGGUUGCAUCUACGAUAAUGACUAGUAGCUCUCUACUUUAGUAGCUGUCCCCGUUAGAUCCUAAUCUACAUUUUCAGUUUUAGUUUUCAUAUUAUUAAGGUGUAACAGCAGAUAAUGAACAAAAUAUACUUUACUAUCACUCAUUUGUUACUAAAUUACUAUUCUCAACAUAAAGAACUGGAAAUCAGGGGCCCUUUUCAGUUAAGUUUAUACUGAACAAACACCCCAGAGGGGUUCAUUGAUGAGGCUAUGUACAUGCUUCUUCUACCACUCUCAUGAAGGAGCUUUUUUAGGGGCUACCUGCUCAGUACUUUUAAGAAUAUACACAGUUCACUGAUAAGAAGUUGCUGGAGUUAAGUGACAGCACCUUUGGUAAAGGAGCAUAAAAUGGGAAACAUGUCAUGAGAAGGAAACCCGCCACAUUCACUUAUGAUCUAAAUCAAGGAAACAAAUAUAACUUGGCAUCCAAGAAGGCAAUUCCUCCACCUUAAAAACUCUUCUAAAAGUUUGCUAAAAUUAAAUUAUAUUCAUAGUACAUUUUGUACUUUAAAUUUGUAGAAUGUCUUGUCUAUACUUGUUAAUUUGGAAGCGUAUUAAUUAUUUGCUAGAGAGCUUAAGUUAUAAUUUGUGUAUUUUUGUACAGUCAUCUAAGAUAAAUGUUAUGAAAGAUUGUCUUUGAAACCCAGCUCUUAGCUGAUUUUUGACAUGCAAAUAUUUGAUUUUGUUCAUUAUUUAAAGUGGUAUUAUCUGAGAGGUAACAUGGACCUAAACUUUGUCUAAAUAUAACCAUACGGUUAUGAGUAAUGGUCUGUGAACAUUCCUAUUUUUAUUCCAAAUCUGUUAGAAAGGCUUUAAAACUAUAUUCAACACCUGUACCGGUAAGAAUUUUUCUUUGCCAGCAGGGGGAGUACACACAAACACAUUGCUAGAAAGAUGUCCCUUAUUUAGUCAUACUUCAAAGGCAAGCCAGAGCCAGAACCAAGUAUUAUAUAUCUAGCUUCAAUUUUUUUCUUAAGGAAAAUAAAUGUGUAAGUGGACGUGAAAAA